UGUCACAACGGACAAAUGGCUGACCGAAUCCCAGCCGCCAACACCCAACGUCGCCGCAGCAGCCAGUUGCUGCACCCCUGCACUGUCAUCAACAGGACUGCAGGUAAACUUACCGAAGGCUGAUUUACCAAACUUCAGUGGUAAAUUCGAAGAAUGGCUAUCGUUCAAGGACAAAUUCACCUCGAUGAUCGAUAGUCAAGAUGCCUUCAGUAAGGUGCAAAAGUUCCAUUAUUUGCGAUCAGCUCUGUCGGGUGAAGCUGCGAAGGUCAUCGCAGCCAUGGAAACGACAGAGCAGAAUUAUAGCAAGGCUUGGCAACUGCUCCAAGAUACCUAUGCCAACGAAGGGCUGAUUAUUGCACGCCACACCGAUCUCUUGGUCGAAACGCCGUCAGUGGAACAAGAGACAGCUGCAGGACUCCGCGACUUCGUGAGUCACGUCUUGCAGCAUUUGAGAUCGCUGACCACACUCAACGUUCCAGUCGAACAUUGGGAUCAUCUCCUAAUGUCUAUUCUGCUGCCCAAGCUCGCGCAGCAGACCAGGAUGGCGUACGACAGCACGCUGAAGGAUAAGGAGACGCCAAAAAUUAGCGGUCUCAUGGAAUUCCUCCGCCAACGAUCACGGAGGCUGGAGACGACCGCGACCACUAGGACAAACACCCAGACCAGCAGAGCAUCACCAAGAGUAUCACCCACGCCGCAAAGAAGACCAACCAAGAGAAUUCCCAACAUUUCUUCGAGGAAGGAUUCUAAAGUCUUCGUCACCACCACGCCAUUAAAAAAUU